AUGACGGCAUUUCAUUUGCCUUAUGGUUUCCCCGCCUUUAUUCGCUGCUCGCUCCUCCCACAGCAACAUAUCACACUUGUUCUUUUCUUUCUGCAUCUGGGCAAGGUAGAAAAAAAACAAAAAAGAAACCGAGAAAGAGGAUCACCGAUUGAAAUCAUUGAUCUUGAAAAUCCUAAAAGUAAGGUAUCAUUUGGAUUUUACAUUGAUCUUACCAUUGAUGAUGAUGAUGAUGAGAUAGUUGAAAUUAAAUCUGUUCGAUCGAUUACUCUUUCUGGUGUUAAGGUAAUCGAUGAGUUUAAUUAUCGUUCUGGUUCGAAGAAGAUGAAAAAGGAUGAAGAGAGUUUUGUAUGCGAGAUUUGUGUUGAGACGAAGAUGGUUAGUGAAUCUUUUCAGGUUAAAGGGUGUGCGCAUUCUUACUGUUCUGAAUGCAUGGUCAGGUAUGUGGCAUCGAAGAUUCAAGAGAACGUAAUAUCAACUAAAUGUCCAGAAUGGAGUUGCCAAGGAGUAUUAGAACCGGAAUUCUGUAAGUCAAUUUUACCACCAGAUGUUUUUGAUCGUUGGGGUAAAGCUCAGUGCGAAGCGUUAUUACUUGGGGAUCAGAAUAUAUACUGUCCAUUCAAGGAUUGUUCAGCACCCUUACUUGAUGAAGGUGGAGGAAAAAUAAUACGAUCAGAAUGUCCACAUUGUAAUAGAUUGAUUUGUGCACGGUGUAAAGUUUCAUGGCAUGAAGGGGUAAGAUGUGCAACGUUUCAAAAAUUGAAUGCUGACGACAGAGAAAAUGAAGAUAUUACGUUACAUGCAAUAGCAAAGAGAAAAAAAUGGAAAAGAUGUCCUAAGUGCAAAUUUUAUGUUGGAAAAAGCUAUGGGUGCUCAACGUUAACUUGCAGGUGUGGACUUACCUUCUAUUACAAAACUGGAACUCCAACGUACGAUUUUUCUAUUCCCCAAAUGGCUUCAACUCAGAGGCAACCAUUGCUCUCUCAGCUGCAUCCAUAUUACCAGCAAAGUGUGUCAAUUGUGAUAACGCCUCAACAGCAGCGGCAGCAGCAGGGUUCAAACCUGGAGAAUCAGAAGAUGUUGAUGGGUUAUCAAGUGGUUGAGUGUAAGGAGGAUAAUAAGCAAUUUGGCUAG